AUGGAGGUUUCGGUGGGACAGAAAACUGAGAAAAAAAGAGAGGAUGAAGAAAAUGGGUUAGCCAAGGAUUCCAACAAAGCACGAAAUGCUCCACCCCCAUCACCAUUUAGUGAUGUGAAUGACAGGAAUGUAUGUGUGGCGAGAGGAGAACCAAAAGGACCUCAUCAUGUUCGACGACGACGUCAAUCUAGAAGAGAGCAAGAGAAGAAGCUGAAGACGUGGAGGAGCACAAAAAGUUUCCGAGAGGAGUGGACAAUAGGGGCAUUCCUGGUCUCCUGGGAUCACUCACUAUCCUUACUAGUCAACCGAUUAUAUUCACACAGAUUUUUUUCUUGUUGUUGUGUUUUAAGCAGCAGGGACAGGAGGAAGAAGAAGAAGAAGGAAUGCUGA